AUGACACCAUCCGAGACCCAGCAAGUUGACGGCCAGACCGCCGAGAGAGGCGAAGCCUCCCGACCGGAGUUUGCUAGCACGGCACCUGCACCUGUCGAGCCUAUGAAGCUACAGCCUCCGGAAGAAGAAGAAGAGCCCGUUGUCGGAAUGCGCGGCGGUCGCGCUGUCCGUAUCCACAUGACGGCAAUCCAGCAGACGACAGACGCGCUCCCAGACCAGACGUACAGCACCGCAGGCAAAGCAAUGGCGGUUCCUGUGCGCGACGAGCAGGAUGUGUCGGACGCGGAGGCAGAGGAUGCGGCAUUUCUGCGCGAGUCGUACCUCGCAUUUGCGGUGCCGCUGGCGACAGAUCGGCGGCUCGAGCAGGCUCUCGAGCAAUGCCACGGGUCACCACAGGACCUGAUCGAAGCAACGGAGGAGCGAGAGUCGCUUUUUUUCGGUAUGGAUGCGAUGCCAGAUGAGACGGUCGAUGUGUAUUUCAUCCUGCGCACGCGACACGAGGGCGCAGCUCAUCUGCAGUCCUUCCUCGACCGGUUAUCGAUCACGCUCGACGCCCACAUUGUCAACAUCAUUCCGGGACGGGAGACGCCACCGCCAGUGGAGGUGAUUUUCAACGGCAGUGUGGAAGAAGUGCACCGUCCGCUGCUAGUGAGCCGACAGCCGUGCGGGCUGAACCUGCUGGCAGCACUGGCGGGCGACCCGAUGCUGCAGCUGGACAGCGAAGGAGGAUGGCCACGGCUGUCGGCGCAGCGAGUAUCGCGGGUAGCGCCGGCAGGGCUAGCGCAGCAGCAGAAGGCCAACCAGCGCAAAUGGGCGGGACAGCCACAGCCGCUACGCGGACAGGGAGCCACGGUACUGCCGAUUGUGCCGGCAGUGCACGCACGGAUCCGAUUUGUGCGGCCAAGCACGGUGCCGACGAGUGCGGCGGUGGUGGGGGUACUGGAGCUGGACUUUACGCCCUUUUUCGACUGCGAGGCAGUGCUGACGCGGGUAGAGGUGACGGUGCGAGGCGGCGAGGUCGUGGACUUGAACGGGGAGGACGACGGAAACGGAGACGGAAAGGCAGACGAGGCGGGCAAUGCUGACAAAGCCGGACAGGACGGGAUGCGGCUGCCGUUGUUCUGCGUGGCACGUGAUCACCUGACAUUUCUGUACCGGCUGUCGCCAGCAGCCUACGGGUUUGACGCAGCCCUCAACACGAUUCCGACUCUGACGCCACCGACGUCGCGCGAGCUAGACAUUGCCGUGGAGGCACGGGUGCUGGUGCGGCCAGGCAUGUGCGAGCCAUCGCUGGCGAUGGCGUGGACGACAGCGGUGGACUUUUCGCUACCAGUGAAUCCAGGCUUUGGAACAGCGCUGCCACCGGUGUCGCUGCAGCGGGGAGCACACCGGCCGUCGCAGUUGUCGAUUGACGGGAUGGCAUCGAUGAUGGCACCAGCGAUUAGCCGGCCGGACGCACUGCCGUCGCUGGAGGCAGCGGCCCGGAGCACAGAGACGACGAUUCCCGACUUUGGCAUCACGAUGACGCUGACGGCGCCAGACCGGCCAGUCUAUGCGGGCGAGGAGUUCUGCUGGACCGUCUUCAUCGUGAACCGGACGGGGGGUUCGGCGUUGCCGGCGCUGCCAGGGCGAGAGACGAACGGCCUCAGUCACGGAUACGGCCACGGGUCAGCGAACGUGCAUUCGGCCUCAGGGUCGGCAUCGACCAACACGCCGGUGCCGGCGACGCCUCCACGACUGCGCAAGCUGGCACUGCUGGUGUUACCGCGACGGCGACGCAACGACCGCAGCUCGCUGGUCGACGGCACGGACGUGGUCUGCCUCAGCGCAGACACGCGCGUGGGCCCGCUGGCACCACACGCCUGCCACGUCGUUGAGCUGCGCUUUGUGGCGCUGCGAGCAGGCGCCGUCGGCAUCGAGGCCGUCCGGGUGGUCGAUCUGGGGUCGCAGGAACACGUGGACUAG